CUUCUCGCGAGAUGUCUUUCUCUCUGACUGUUGUCAAAAGUAGAUAUUCUAUGGAUCCGUGUAUGUUUUGUACUAUGGACCACCGCAGACUGACACUAAAGUUAACCUCAGAAAUUCAGAAAAUAAACAAACACAAACACCCUAUAAAAUAGUAUAAAAUACAUUUGAAUUUUUGAGCACAAAAGCUACUGCAUAUUGAAUGAACUGAAAAUUCUUAGGCUUUACGUAAAUCAUAAUGAUACAGAGCUACAUUUCCCGAUUCCUUUCAACCUCCAUCAGUAGUCUCAAGAAGAUUACCCCUGAAAAACUGAAGACAAAGCCAAAGAGCGCCAGUUCUCAGCAAUGGCUUUCAAGACAACUCUCAGAUCCAUAUGUGGAGAAAGCGAAAACUAUGCAACUAAGGUGCCGGAGCGCUUUCAAACUAAUAGAAAUUGACGAUAGGUACAAAAUUCUUAGUCCUGGGGAUAUUGUUGUGGACUGUGGAGCAGCGCCUGGUUCCUGGACACAAGUGGCUGUAAAAAGAGUCAAUGCUGAUGGGAAAAUGGAAGGCGACCCUAAAGGAAAGGUUGUUGCUAUUGAUAAGCAACAUGUGUAUCCUAUCGAAGGUGCCAAAAUUUUUGGAAAUAUGGACUUCACAGCACCUUCUUCACAACAAGCUCUCUUAGAACAUCUACAAGGUGAACAGGUACAUGCAGUCAUCUCAGACAUGGCACCAAAAGCUUCUGGAGUUAGGGACUUGGACAAUGAAAACAUGGUGAAGCUCUGUUACAGUGCACUUAGGUUUGCAGUUCAGAUCACAAGGACAGAAGGGGUAUUACUAAUGAAAAUGUGGCAGUGUGGGGAAACAAAACAGCUUGAGAGUGAUAUGAGUAGAUUUUAUGAUAAUGUAAGGUUAGUUAAACCAAAGUCUAGCAGGGCUGACUCAACUGAGAUUUUUCUGUUAGGUAGAGGUUUUAAAGGACUCGAGAGAAAAUAGGCUAAAAUCCAAUAUGUAAAAUUAAAUUGCAAGCCAUAAAAUGUGAAACAAGCUGAUAUUAUACACAAUUUCAACUGUUUUGAGUUGAAGUGGCUCCAGUGGGAAGUAAUUUGAUGUUAUACUUCCUACACCUUUGAAACAACUUCAAGUACAAUUUUCCAUGUGAAUUAAUGACAUCAGAAAGACAGACAUUAUGUUAGAACCUGCAAUGCACUAUUUAGGCUUAUCAUGAAAAAAUGUUGCAGCAAUGAGGUUUUCCUUUCAACAAUGUUUGGUAGCUGACUAUACUAACUCUUGAUAUACUUAUAUUCUACACUAUAUAAUACAUCAUGAAAUCAAAUAAACUCAUUGAAUUAAUCUCCUAGCAUAAUGAUCGUAUAUUUAUUUACAAGGGGUUUAUCAAUAGCUAUAUCCAAAAUUUGGAAACAUCUUGCUCUGGCGUUUCAGUUGGCAUGGCUAUCAGUCCUCGAUGUUUGUGUUCUGUCAUAGUCACCAUUUCACUAUGGAGCGCUACACUGUGCAAGAACGCAAUUGUUGAAAUCUAUUAUAAAAAUUCGUGUUCUAUUCGUCAAACUUUUUGCGAGCUACGAAAUCUAUACGGCCGAAAUAAUCGUCCAGCGAAGCAAACGAUUCAACGAAUUAUCGCCAAAUUCGAGCAAGACGGUACGGUUGCUGAUCGAGCAGUGACUGUAAGACGCUGAAACGUGCAGUCAAGCGAGAAUAUUGUUGCUGUUGCCGAAAGCGUAGCUGAAGACCCUUUCGAUUCCACGUCGUGCACAAGCAAUUGACCUUAGUGCGACCUGGACUUGAAGAAUUUUACGAAAAAACCUGGGCAGGUCGUACUUUCGCUGAUUGGGCUCUGAAACAGUAGGGAGCGGAUCCAAAUUUUGGCAAUCAUUUUCAGUAAUCCAUUUUUGGUUAAACGGCUUCGUGAACAAACAAAAUUGUCGCAAUUUGGGGAGACAGUAAUCCACAACAGCAUCAAGAGUCUCCAUUGCAUCCGGAAAAACUUACUGUUUUGGUCAGGCUUCGUCAUUGGACCGUACAUCUUCCGAAACGAGAAUGACGAGACGGUGACGGUCAACGGAGCCCGGUAUCGGGCCAUGAUAACUGACUUUUUAUGGCCUCAAUUGGAUAAUAUGGACCUGAACGACAUGUGGUUCCAACAAGACGGCGCAAUAUGUCACACAUCGGCCAUUACAUUGCAGUUGUUGCAAAAACAAAUUCCAUUACACGUUAUUUCCAGAAGAGGCGAUGUGGAAUGGCCGCCAAGAUCGUGCGACUUAACGCCCUUAGACUUUUUUCUCUGGAGUUAUGUUAAGUUGCUGGUUUAUGGCAACACACCAACAAUUCACCAACUGGAGAAGAACAUCAUUCAAACCAUCAGUGAGAUCCAGCCUAACUUAUGCAGCAGAGUUUUACAAAAUUGGACCUCUCGCAUCGAGUCCUGUAAACGAAGUCACGGAGGCCAUUUGAAUGAUGUAAUUUUUACAAUGUAAUGGUAUUGAAUGUACUUUAAUACGCAAUUAAGGUUUCCAUCAUAUGUCGCACACAACUCGUUUCAUUCAAUUUUAAAUUUCAGACAGACUUAAUGAACAACCCUUUAGAUACCAUGCCUACCUUGUAUGUCAAUAUGCUGCUUGCUGUUAUACCUGCUUUCAUAAAUCAUGCAGAUCAUGUACAAAAGUUGUAAUAUUUAUAAAUAACUGUGGUGCACGGCAUGUGCGACCAACAGGUGAUCUGUCUGCUCAAAAUAUUUUAAGGUGUAAAAUGUCUAAUAGAUUUGCAGAAUUACCGUGAUGUAUGUCAUAUAACAUCCAAAAAAAUAUAAUGUCUCACUUUCGAAAUUGUGAUUGUAAUAGUUCCUUAGCCUACCAGGUGUGGGUAGUUAAAUGAAAAUAGAAUGGUUUAUGUAUAUAGUAGAGGAUAAAAUCAAAUAUAUUUUGUUUUUAAUUGAUACAAAAAUGUAAUAAACACAUGCUGAAAGGCCUAAUACUCCGAUAAUAAAAUAUUUUUCUUGAAUA